GAUCGAUAUCGUUUUAACUCAAGAAAAUGAAAUCCAUCAUUUUGCCGUUAUGUGUUUUUAUAUUUAUUUUAAUCACGCACGGGGAAGCAAAGUUGCAAGUCGAAGAUGUAGGGCUGGAAGAAGAAGUAAAAAUUGAAGGAGGAGCAGGACCAGAAACAGGGGCAUCACAAGGAGGAGCAGAACCAGAGACAUGGGCAUCACAAGGAGAAGCAGAACCAGAAACAGGGGCAUCACGAGGAGGAGCAGAAUCAGAGGCAUGGCCAUCACAAGGCGGAACAGAACCAGAAACAGGGGCAUUACAAUUAGGAGCACAACCAGAAACAGAGGUAUCACAAGGAGGAGGAUUAAUUAAAGAAGAAAGAUUAGCAAACGGAACAACAGUGAGAAGAUACAGGACUGAAGAAAGAUUAGCAAACGGAACAACAGUGACAAGAUACAGGACUGAAACAAAAGGAGUACGUCUAAUAAGAACAGGAUCAGCAUUCAAUAGAGGAGCAACAUCAGGAGGAAGAGCGGCAUUAGGAGGAGGAAUAAAAGGCGGAUCAACCAUAGGGGGAGGUUCAAUUGGUGGAAGUUCAAUUGGUGGAGGAGGACUAGGAUUAGAAGGUGCUACAGCUUCGGGAAGAGCAGCAUUAGGAGGAGGAGGAGCAGCAUUAGGAGUAGGAAUAAAAGGUGGAUCAACCAUAGGGGGAGGUUUAAUUGGUGGAGGAGGGCUAGGAUUAAAAGGAGCUACAGCAUUGGGAGGAGCAAUAGCAGGAGGACUAGGAGCAGGAUUAAAAAGUGGGGUAGCAUUAGGAGGAGGAGCAGCAUUAGGAGGAGGAAUAAAAGGUGGAUCAACUCUAGGGAUAGGUUUAAUUGGUGGAGGAGGGCUAGGAUUAAAAAGUGCUACAGCAUUAGGAGGAGCAAUAACAGGAGGACUAGGAGCAGGAUUAAAAGGUGGGGUAGCAUUAGGAGGAGGGGUAGCAUUAGGAGGAGGAGCAGCUUUAGGAGGAGGAGCAUCUUUAGGAGGAGGAGCAGCUUUAGGAGGAGGAGCAGCAUUAGGAGGAGGAGCAGCAUUAGGAGGAGGAGCAGCAUUAGCAGGAAGAGCAGCAUUAGGAGGAGGAGCAGCAUUAGGAGGAGGAGCAGCAUUAGGUGGAGGAGCAGGGUAG